AUGGCUCGAUACAGUACCCCACAACCCGACGACAUUGAUGAACAAUUUCUGUUUGAGCCUACCGAAGCUCUGGAAGGAUUUAGUGCUCCAAGGCGAGAUGACCGUGAAGAAAAGGAGCAGGUUACAGUCCGCACAAGUGACAGAGAAGAGCUGAUCCAAUGCAUCAAGAGAGGUCAACGGACAACAUGGGUACCCAAACCAGGGCUGGAAGCUCUGUGUGCCGAGGUCGCUUCGACUCUGCCACAAUCGAACAAUAACCCUCAUGCUGAUCACAUUCAAGGUGCUAAGCGAGAAAGCGACGUGGAGGGGGCACUGCCAACUCGGUCAAUCGCGACUAAUGCCCUGCGACAUUCCCUAUCUGUUCUCCGCACUAGUGAUGUAACAGAGGACUGUGAUGUGGAUUCACCAAUCCCUGGUACACAUGCAGAGACGUCGAUUCGAAGGAGGCCGAGUUAUCAACCAAACUUCGACAGGUCUCAUCCAUUCUGGCAGACAGACUCUCCAACUAUACCAAACGUCCAACAACAACAGAGCUCUCCCACAGAUGUGUUCAGAAGAUCUCGUGCACCUUCACUGGGGAGCAGCUUGUCCUCAAGUUUUGUUAUGAGAAUCCCUACAAGUCCACUUGUCCACGCGAUCAAUAAUCCUACACUGGACUUCUCACCGAAGGAUCCGCCACGUCUCGAGACAGGCAAAACUGCAAGGAGGAGGACCAUGCCCCCCAAUGUGUUUGAAUCAUUACAUAUGUCUCCGGCCGACUCUGCUGCACCUGUUUCCAGCCGGCCGUUACCAUACGAUCAGGCCCAGAGAGAUAAUGGCGCUUCAUUCUCUCCGGGGCAUCGAAUGCGGCGGUCGUUGAGCUCUUUCACCUACCAGCCGGCUACUCCGCCUCAGAUACCUCCCUGGACUAGGCAACGUCGAACUUCCCUGGCAGCAGACACGUCACCUCGACAGCGUGCUUCAAUGGUUGGUUCUUUCGAGGAGUCUAUUCUGCGAGGUAGGAUGUCCACUCCUGCGUCGAAACCCCUUGAUUUCGUUGCCCAGAUCGGAGUUAUGGGUAAAGGGAACUGCCCAGCCAGGUUGAAGUGUCCCGCUCAUGUAACUGUUCCAUUUCCGGCCGUGUUCUAUAACUAUCCCUCCGCCAGUUCGUCCAGAUCAAUCUCGGACGAUAAUCCCAGUCCGUACGUGGGCAGUAUUGACCUAGAGCGCAACCUGAAAGCUGCCGAGCCUCGUCGACAUGCCCAGCGCUCUCAAGCAAGUCUCAAUCCCGAAGAGUUAGCUGCGGAGAUCACAAAACCCGAGAACACAGCCAUUGGAAGAGCGCUGGCUAGGGAAACACGAGAUCGGCAAGAGAAGAAUUUUGUCUGGCAGCGCAAGGCCCCUCCUGGUGGGGCGUAUCGGGUGCCUCAGAAGGGACAACUUCAGGUUAUCAUCAAAAAUCCCAACAAGACAGCCGUGAAACUGUUCUUGGUUCCUUACGACCUGGAGGAUAUGCUUCCCGGAACGAAAACUUUUGUUCGGCAGAGGAGUUAUUCGACCGGCCCCAUCCUAGAAGCUGCAACGCUGGAGAAACAGGCCGCCUUAGCUGCACUCGACCCUCUCAGUGCGAAAGACAUUCUUCGCUACCUCAUCCAUAUCAAGUUUUGCUGUACGGCAAAAGGCUAUUUCUACCUUUACGACACUAUUCGCGUCGUCUUCGCGAACCGCGCCCCAGACGGCACAGAAAAGCUUCGGAACGAGGUUCAACUACCAGACCCCAGGUUCAGCCCAUACAAGCCGGCGAUUGGGAGUCAUUCCCGGAGUCCUAGCAUACCAGAUGAAAAGGUCUCUCUUCUCUCUCAGGUCUCAGUUACUCCGGACUUUGAGAAUAUGGAUGACAUGUCAGGCUCUGGCGCCUCGAAAAACGACUUGAAAGCGACACGAGAUUUGUCACCAACCCCCAUUCACCUCUACACCCCUGCAAGAUACCAAAAGGAUGUGACAAAAGUUACCGAGAAUGCAGAGACAGAGGGAACCCUAGUUGAGCAAGCCGUCUCGCCCACUCCUGGCUUCCUGCCGUCGACGUCCUCUCGUAGCUCUCCCGUGCCUUGGCCGGCGUCGAACUCAGCUUCCAUCGCACGAGGCUUCUCUCCCGCACCAGUCGAAGCAGGACACGGCUUACUCUCGCGCAAGCUCAAGGAACUGAAUGAUGGUUUGGAAAAGCCCUAUGAGUAG